CUUUCGUUCCUUUCGUCAAAUUUUAGUCAUUUCCUAACUAAACAAACAUGGCUGUAGCCGCAAAUUAUGCCUGUGCGGAUCGAGAAAAAUUCAAGUAUUGCUAUUCAAAAUUGAUACAAUUUACAUAUAAUGAUGGAGAGGCAGGAAAGACUGACCUAAAUUUACUGCUCGAUCAGUUAAAUUCGCUUGAAUAUUCCACUGUCAUCGUGAGUGAACAGAAUGGAAAUACUUUAUUAAAGAAGCUAUGUUCAACAAUACCACUGCAUGAAGACAGGCUGGUAGUUAAACUUUGUCAGAUCACCAACAACUGGAAGAGAAAACAGAUGUUACAGUUGAGUGAUGAAUGUAUAGGAACUGUAACAGAUUAUUUUAUCAAGGCUGUAGAGAGAUGUCAGAGCUGGGCAGUACCAGAAAUAUUGAGAGCUUUAGCUUCUGUCUUUUAUGAAAAUGUAGAUAAAGUUGAUAAGUUCCAUGACAGGUUGCUAGGGAAACAAGGUAUACUUGUUCAGUUGAUUAAAAACAAAGUUUCAGACCCCGAACAACCAACAGGUACAGGAUACCUGUCAGCAGAACAUGUGGAUGUUUGUUUUGAUUUAUUUUGUAUGCUGUUACAUAAGAUGCCAACUACAAACCUAGAACCAACUUUACAAUGCAAGAUACUGAUAAACUGUUUUAGAGGUAUCCAGAAUAUGAUUCAGAUGACAAAAGUAGUUCCCUUUGAGAAGUUAGGCAUUAUAUUGGCGGCAAUAAGGGCAUACAUGUUUUUUGGUUUGUACACUCAGCCAUUGAUUAUACCUGAUUGUUUGUACCCAUCUCCGUUGAUCAAGAUAGAUAUACCAGUAAGUGGUAAAUUAUUGGAAACACAAAACAAGAAAACAGCUGAUAACCAGGAUGAUUCAGGUGCAAAGAAAUCCAAAAGAAAAACAAAGAAAAGGGGAGAUAAGCAGGGAGGUAAACCAAACAGACAAUCAGAUGAGGGUUGCCAUGGUGAUGAUCAUGAUGUCACGAGGGCGUUUGGUGCAGGUGCUGGGGUCCUUAAUAUGGAGGCUGACAUGUCUGGGUAUACACCAUGGUCAAAGAUUAGCAGUUCUGAAUCUGAGUGGUCAGAUACUGAAGGAGGUCAAAGUUCAAGGUUAAGGUCAAACUGUUCAAAGGUCAGACAAUGGGCCCUCAGCUGUUUCUACUGGAUAAUAAAGAUGUCAGAUAAGAAGAUAAUGUUCAGUUUUUGGUCAUCAUUUAUACCAGACUCUCAGUCAGCCACAAACAUGUCUAAUUCUCAGUCUCUAUUUACUGUCAUACUGAAAGAUCCCUCUUCAAAGUGUAGGAUGGGUGCAUUAGCUGCUCUUUGUGUACUAGUAGAUGGUACUAAACAUUUACUGACUGCAGCAGAAGAUAGGGAUGAUUCUAAAGUAUCAACCUUCACACCAUUCUCUGUGAUAUUAGGAACAACAAUAAAAGAAAUGCACAGAUGUUUGUUACAAGCCUUGAUUUCUGAAGAAUAUCCAAUGACUCUGACACAGCUGAUUAAGUGUUUUGGAACAAUCAUAGCAAAUGUACCAUAUCACAGGAUGAGGCCUGGCCUGCUCAGUAGAAUAAUUAAACAAGUGAAACAUUUUAUAAAUCAUAGAGAUCCAAAUGUUAGAGUUGCUUGUUUAACCUGUCUGGGAUCUAUGGCUGGAAUUCAGCCACCGUUGAUGGAAGUGUGCCAUAUAAUACAACCUUCACGACCCCCAGUCUCAGCCGUGCAACCAGUUGUUGUAGAAACUGAUUCUAGUAACCCUUUAGCUGGUUUACAUAUACCAAAUACACCUGUAAAAGACACUGAAUCUGGUUAUAGCAGCAGUCCUGUUAUUAACUCCCCUAGCGGAGCUCUUCCUUCAGGAGGUACUACAGGAGAAUAUUCAGGGGGAACAACUCCUAAGAGAGACACAGCUGGGUCAUCAGGAAUACAGACACCAGUGUUUUCUGAUCAACUGUUACAGGCUCAUUCUCAUGAGAUAUCAUGGGUUGUAAAGUUGUGUAUUAAGAAUAUAUUACCUCGCAACACUCCGGAUACAGUAUUUGGAGCGGAGGAGUCCCUCACUGAGCCAAUACCUGUACGACUUGAAUCCUUGCAGGUCCUCGCAAACUUGACAAAAGGAUAUUUUCCAAUUAUAAGAAAUUGUGUUCCCAUGUUGCAAGAACUUGUACAUAAAUGUUUCUGUGAUAAUGACCCUGUGAUAAAACUACAUACAGCAAAGCUGCUAGAUGAGUUUACUCAAGUUUUACUUCAAGAUGUGAUAAAAACUGAGUCAGAGCAACAAACAAGAGACCAUUUAGAUAAACAACAGGUAUUAGAUUUUUGGAUGUCAUUAUUGAAUGGACCGAUACAGGAGAUUUUACAGAAUCCGGUGCACGGAGCAGUACGUGCUACAAUAUGUGAUUGUAUUGCCAACAUUGGUGAUCCUAUAUUUAUCAUGCUUCCAGUAGACAAGCGUAUAAUGUGUCUUACUGUCGUAUUGGGUUUGACCAAUGACGAGGACAGGUUUAUUAGGGCAUCUGCUGUAAGAACGUUAGGUGUCUAUGUUCUGUAUAAAAGUCAUAGAGAAGAUGUAUCAUUUGUGGCUGAUGCUACCAGUGCAAUAUUGGGUGGUAUGGACGACAAGAACAUAGCUGUAAGGGUAAAGGCUGCUUGGUCUCUAGCAAACCUCGGAGAUGCCCUCGCCAUGAACAGAGAGGAGGGUGAUGAAGAUUUUAUCACAGAUUUUUCAGAUGUCCUCGUAUUGAAUGUGAUAAACGUGGCAACGAAAGCAUGUCAGGAUAGUGACAAAGUUAAACCAAAUGGUGUUCGGGCUCUAGGCAGUAUUCUAAGAUACAUCUCCAAGAAACAACUGUGUAAGGAAGCGUUUAAUCAGGCAGUUACAUCAGGUGUGAAGGCCCUCGUGAAAUGUGUGUCAUCAGGUGCUAUGAAGGUUCGCUGGAAUGCCUGCUAUGCCAUUAGUAACAUGUACAAAAAUCAAGAUCUUUCUCAAGGAACUUCACCAUGGAAUGCAGAUGUUCUUAACGUGCUAUGUACGGUAGUUAAAGAAUGUAAGAACUUCAAGGUGCGUAUAAAUGCAGCUAUCGCCCUGUCAGCUCCAGCAGAUAGGUCACAGUUUGGUGAAGCCAAUCUAUUCUCCGAAGUCUGGGAUGGUGUUAUUGAAGCAUUUAAUACUGCAGAAAAUAUAUCAGAUUAUAUAGACUUCAGAUACAGGGAUAAUCUCAUUGAACAGAUAUGUAUAGCUGCCUUACAUUUACUGUGCUUGGUAAAAUGUGAUGAUCUAGAGGAGUUGUCCCCCUUGUUACACAAGAAAGGAGAGUCUCUGGCAGCAUUUCUGGAUAAAUAUUACAUGGCAAGACAGAAAACCUCCCAGAUGGAUGUACAUUUAGAAAAGGCCAAGGUAAGACUAGAAAGCCUGGAUAAAGAGGUAAAAUCAGAGGCACAGACAGACAUAUUACACAUACUUCACAUGUGUACACAACUUACAGAAGCGGUUGAAGAGGAUAUAGAGAAGUCACAUAUAACAGCGUUUAAACAGACUUAUGAUUGAGUGUACAACUAUUAUGACAUCUGUAGGGGCUUGAUUACACGUUUAUCAUGAUGAACAACUUACUCUUUUUAUCACUUUGGACUAGAGUGGGAGCAGGGUUGCAGGAUUCUUUUAAUAGAAAAACUACACCUGUCAAAAAAUCACUUUAGACUGGACUUGAGAAAAAGUGCAAGACUUAUAUAACAUUUAUAGAAAAUUUGUUUAUUGAGAAUGUUUCUGCAAAAUUAAUUGAUCAUUUUUUACAUGUUAAUUAUUAAGUAUUUUUGUAUGCACAUAAUUAUUUUUUGAAAAAAGUGUUUUCUUCAAAAGAAAAUCAAAUGUAUUUGUUUUCUGUAUGCUAAUUUAUAAAGAUUUAUCAAUUUUUCACAAUUGACAUUUAUUGUACAGUAAUAUACAAAUGUAUAUGAACAAUCUAUUUUAUUUUAACUUUUUUAUUAUACAUUAUAUCAAAUUAUAUUAUUGUCAAUGAUUUGUGUAGAUAAGCUUUUCAAGUUUUGUUUUAUUUUAAAUUUAUCCUUUAUGCUUAUUUGCACAAUGCAAUAUUACCUGUUUUGUGGCCACCUGUCAAAAAGGUCCAUGUCUUAUAUUUUUAGAUAGAAGUCUUUGUUACUGUAUGAUAUAUUGCAGUUUGAGUUCUAAUGUGAACAAGAUAGAUAAAUCUGGUAUUAAUUGACCUCAACGCUCAAGGAGUUUCCUCCCUUUGAUUGGAAAAAAAGUCCAGUAUAUAUAGCAGAAUCAUUGAAAUAGAUUACAAAUAAAACGUUAAUGAAAUAAAUUCUUAUCUUAAAUGUUUAAUAUUAUAAUAACAGUGUUUUAUAGAAGAAAGGAAGGCUUUAUCCUCUGUCAGUUACAUGUGUUUUUGUAUUUUAGUUUUAUCUGAAACCUGCUUAAAGGCCCAUUAUGCCUCAGAAGUGCUAUCAAAUUUAUUUCUCAAAAACUUCUUAUGUUUGGUAUCUCUUUAAAGUACCUAAAAUACACUUUUGCCAUAUAAAUGACCUACCUUUUACUUCUUUUGCUCGGUGGUAAUUUGUAGAAUUAUAGUGAUUUAGUAUUUUGUAUGGAAGUCAAUAUACUACUUUGUUUACAUUUUGCUACCUUUAUGAUACAUCAAUGCACAUUUUCCGCUCCUUUCUUCAGUUUUAAACAACAAACAUGCUCUAAAUAUAUUAAUAAAAGAUUUUUAAACACACAUGUAUUUCACAUUUCUAGAAAAUUAAAAAGGUACGGAUUUCUGAGGCCUUCUUGCAAAAUACAAACUGUAAGCAACAAACAGUAUGGAACUCUGCAUGUUUGGUUUUGUGAUGCCUUCUUGUAUUUCGCCUUAUAGUUUGGCAGUGACUGUAGCUGAUGAAGAUGUUACCAAAUACUUGUUAUUGUCAGCAUUUUAGUCAGCACCAGCGUUAUUGUCAGCGAAAGUUUUUUUUUUAUUAUAUUCUCUUUUGUUGGUGCUUCUUCUAUUUUAUUGUUAUGAUUCAGAAUGUUAGUUGUUCUUUGCUUUGACCAACAUGCAUAUUGCUAAAUAAAGUAAAUAGAAAUCAGA